UUUCGGAUAGUAAUAGAAAUGCAUAAUGUUAGAUAUUCGAGUGAACAAGAAUGUGGUUACUCCUAACUGGAAUUAUUGCAGUUUUAUACUGCUUAAAGAGAUUUUUAUAUUUUAAAUGGCAAAUCCAUAAAAUGCGUGGAUUGAAACGUCCAGACGGAGAAUCAUUUAUUUUUGGACACUGGAGUAUUUUUCGUCAACCUCCAGAGAUGUUACACAAGAACGUUAAAAAGCUAUCAGAAAUGUUUUAUCCACAUUUCUAUGUUAGGAUCUUCAAUGAAUACAUCGUUUUUAUUUUGUCACCAGAGGAUUGUGAGAUAUUUUUGUCGACUCCCAAACACUCCAGCAAAAGUAUAUUAUAUCAGGUUCUCAGGAGAUGGCUCAAAGAAGGUCUAUUGUUGAGCAAAGGUGAAAAGUGGCAACAACGUAGAAAGAUUUUAACUCCAGCUUUUCACUUCAGCAUUCUCAAAGAAUUCAUUGACGCUUUCAAUGAAAAAUCAGAUGAAUUAAUGGAAAAACUGAGGGAGACCGCUGGGAAAGAGAUUGAUGUGAUGCCCAUAUUCGACGAAUGUUCUCUUCAAAUGAUAAUUGAGACUUCAUUAGGUUACAAAUCGAAAAAAAACGACAGUGAAUUGAAAAAAUAUUUGAAAGCCGUUGGUGGAAUGGAAAAGUUAUUCAACCAAUAUAUUGCGCGACCAUGGCUGAAAUAUUCCAUAUUGCAUUGGUUAAGUCCAUUUGGCGCAGAAGAGAAGAAACAUCUGGACGUCCUACAUAAUUACACAAAAACAAUUAUCAAGGAAAAAAUGGAAAUAUCUAAAAAUAAUCCGUCCGAGAGUUCGGAAAUAGAGAAAGAUGACAUAUACUUUGGAAAAAAAAGAAGAAGAAUGGCAAUGUUGGACAUUCUUCUAGAAGCUCAUAGAAAUGGCAAUCAAAUUGAUUUCAAUGGCAUUUGUGAAGAAGUGGACACAUUUACAUUUGAGGGCCAUGAAACUGUCGCUACUGCAUUGAGUUUCUGUGUUAUGAAUAUUGCAAAUCAUCCUGAAAUACAGAAUCAAAUCGCUGAGGAAAUAAAUUCAGUUCUUGAGGGCGAAGAUAGACACCCGACAAACGAUGAUCUUCAAAAUAUGGACCUUCUAGAGAGAUGCAUCAAGGAAUCUCUCAGACUAUAUCCAAGCGUCCAUUUAAUCUCAAGAGAGGUCGAAGAAGACACCACACUGCAUUCUGGAUGUGUCGUUGCUAAAGGUACAUUACUCGUCAUCCCGAUUUUAUUUGUUCACAGAAAUCCGGAGAUAUAUCCAGAACCAGAAAAAUUUGAUCCUGAUAGAUUUCUACUUGAAAAUUGCAUUCGAAGACAUCCAUUCGCUUAUCUUCCAUUCAGCGCUGGACCAAGAAAUUGUAUAGGUCAACGAUUUGCCAUGAUGGAAUUGAAAGUGGUGCUUUCUGCCAUCAUAAAGAAGUUCCAGCUAGUUGCUGUCGAUACACCAGACGAUAUAGAGCUUAAAAAUGAAAGUGUUUUAAGAGCCAAUGGUAUAAGAGUGAAAUUCAUUCCACGAGUAUGACUUUAUUAGAAAUCUAUUGUUAAAUACUUAUUGUGAUGCAUAAUGAUAUUUAAGCAAUCAAAUAUAAAUGCAAAAUAUUAA